AUGUCCGGAAGUCACUGGAGUAUCGUCAUGGGCGAUCACCCUUCGAACGCACCUACCGACUCCAUUCCUCCCACUAGCACUGGUGGCGGCACCGUUCCCGGUGAUACCUUGGCUUCUGAUGGUUCUCGAUUCUCCGCCGCCGGAGCUAGUACAACCUCUGGCCCGGCCACAACUACCGCCUCCAACAAUCCCGUGGAGGAAUCGAAAGAACAGGAGGCGAUUCGGCUUGCGCGCGAGAAGAAGGUCCGUGAAGGUACCGCGCUGCCCUUGUUCAAACGCGGAGUGCAUUACCAGUGCAGAUAUAUCAUCCUGGUGCCACAACAACCAGGAACUGAUAAGAGGGGAUAUCAACCGCGGUGUCUGUCGUGUAAGGACCUCCCUCCCGACGAGUCCAGGCUUCUGUGUGUGCACGUGGAGACGAUCGCUCAGAGGUUCGGGAUCAGAAAAAAUCGGAAAACAGGAGAGAUGCACAUACCUCUCUUUUUCGAGUACGAACCCCACAAUGAUGUCGGAACAACGUGGGAAAAGGAGAACUUCGAGAAAGUGUGCCAAGUUCUUGAACGUGGCACUUAUGGUGCGCGUCAAGUGAAAAUGUUCGACACCGACGCACCGGAUGGCAAUGUCCUUUACGACGAUAACAGGAAGGGAAUGGUUAUAGGAGGACCUCUCUACGCAGUCGAGGAUUGGAGGUUACAAGAAUUCUGGGAGGAACGCUGGAAACCAUAUCAGUUGCCCCCUACAUGGGACUGA